AUGUCGUCUACAUAUAAAAAUGCUUUGUUGGGAGAAAGUCCAGAAAACGCUAUGGACAUCAUUCUUGAGAAAGAAUUAGGUGCCACAUUUAAUCCAAAGGGUAAGACCUUCCAUCGGAAAGAGCCUUUGUCGGUACUAAAAGAAGUUACGUCACGCGAGUCGGAAUGUAGUGGGAUUUGGUGGAAACCAGAAAAUAAAUCAACAACAGAAAAAUAUUUUGCUCGACCUAAAUUGUCUAGAAUAUCGUCAAUGCGAGCCAAUGCUUCCAAAUGUAAUGAAGGUCAAUUCCAAUGUAGUGUCACACAUAAAUGUAUACCCAAUAAUUGGGUAUGUGAUGGUGAAUAUGAUUGUGGUCUAUCGGAUGUCUCCGAUGAAAUAAAUUGUCAUUCGGAUGCAUUAAAAUGUCGUUCCUAUCAAAGUGAAUGCAGCAGUGGUAUGUGUUUGGAUAUAUCGAGAUUUUGUGAUGGGAAAUGGGAUUGCAGUAACGAUGAAGUCAAAUGUGAUAACCAAGAAGCUCAGUGUGCCACCUUAAAUUGUUCAUUCAACUGCAAGUUAACACCCCAGGGUCCCAAAUGUUAUUGUGCACCCGGACAGGUGCCAGUCAAUGUAACUCAAUGUAUGGACUUCGAUGAGUGCUCUAUUGAGGGCAUGUGCGAUCAGCUGUGUCGCAAUACGCCAGGUUCCUAUGAGUGUUCUUGUGUUUCGGGUUACGUGAAGCAAAAGAAUCAUUGUUAUGCCAUUAAUGUGCCCAAAGAUGAGUUGGCUUCUUUGAUAUUCCUUACGCAGUCGAAUGUGCGGCGGAUAAAUCCUUACAAUGGCACACUGUUAGCUAAUUUGAAUUCGAAUGAUAUAUCUGCAAUUGAGAUUUGGCAUCGUAAUCGCACUUUGUGUGCCAUGUACUCAAGUCCCUGGACAGCGGUUGAUAUGAAAUGUUUUCGUAUUGAUGAUUUCAAUGUAACAUGGUCGAUGCCUUUGCCGGAACUAAUUACGAGUACACACUCAAUCGAUAAAUUACGUCUCGAUUGGAUAACUGGCAAUUGGUAUUUUUUGAGUAAUGAGCCUGGUUUAAUAUUUAUGUGCACCAAUACAAUGCAAUACUGUAGCAUUAUAUUGCAGGAUGUACAAAAUCCCUCAUCAAUGGUUUUGGAUCCCACAAAAGGUUUCAUAUUUUUCACCGAAUGGAGUCCCAGUUUAUCACGCUCCAAUCUAGAUGGUACAAAUCGCACCGUAUUGGUAUCCACCCAAAUUUAUUAUCCCAGUCGCUUGACAUUGGAUUUACCCAAUGAACAUGUCUAUUGGAUUGAUAUCUAUAAGGAUUUUGUGGAAAGAGUCGAUUAUGAAGGACGCAAUCGUUGGGCCAUGAAAAAAACAUCAGAUACACAUGUACCUUUAAAAUCCUUACAUGCCGUUGAAGUAUUUGAAAAUACCGUUUAUUUAGCACCAUGGAGUGAUACCGUUAUUGUUGCCAUGGAUAAAUACACAUUAACGGCCCAGCAGAUCGUUAAAGAUGUCAAACGUCCGUUUGACUUUAGAAUAUUUCAUCGUCAAAAACAACCCGAGGUUGCUCAUCCUUGUCGCGAUAACAAUGGUCAGUGCAAUCAGAUUUGUAUACCAAUGUGGACAAAGGGAUUUGCUCGUGCAACCUGCAUGUGUUCACAUGGUUAUAAAUUACGCAACAAUACCGAAUGCGUAUUCCAGCACUAUGAUAAAUUUCUAAUAUUGGCUCGACAACGUUUGGCCAGUAUAGCCGGUAUACCACUAAAUCAACCCGAACGCCAUUCAAAUCAGGAGGCUGACUCUAGCUCUACUGUAGUUGUGGAAGAUGCUAUGGUGCCCAUAUACAAUGUUACUUGGAUAAUGCCAGCCGAUAUUAAUGUUCAUCAUAAAUUGGUUUAUUAUGUGCAGCAACAAAAGACUGGCUAUAUUAUACUAAGUCAAUCAACGGAUGGUAUGCAACGCAAAAUGCUUACAAAUGGCACGGAGGGAAUUUCAGUUUUGGCUUACGACUGGCUAUCGUCGAAUCUGUAUUGGGGUGGUGUAGAGAGUUUCUAUGUUGCUCCUGUGGCAAAUAUGUCCAAAAUAGUUACGUUGCCUUUGAAGGCCGAAGCCAUGAGUUUAGCUUUGAAUCCCAUUGAUGGCUAUAUGUUUUGGUCUCAUUGGACGGCUGGCAAUAAAAAGGCUUCAAUCUUUCGUGCUUGGUUAGAUGGUUCACAUCGUGAUAUGUUAAUUGAAUCGACGGAUGAUAAACCCAUGAAAUGGCCUUUAAGUUUAGUGGUGGAUGUUCAGCAUAAGAAGUUGUAUUGGUGUGAUGUUCGCGAAAGUGUUAUAGAACGCAUGAAUUUUGAUGGAACUGAUCGUGAAAUCAUCUUUAAAGAUGAACAAUAUCAUCCGAUAUCAAUUGCUCUGCACAAGGGUACCAUUUACUGGGUGGACAAUAAAAAUGGAACCGUAAAAACGUUUUCCAUACAUCACCUAAGUGGUAUGGUGAAGAAUAACUCUCAAUCACAACUGUUCUCAUACGAACGUGGUCGUACAUCCAACCUAAAAAUGUUUGAUGUUAGCACUCAACCCACAUCGAUAAGUAAUGCUUGUGCUAAAACCAAAUGCCCGGGAGUAUGUUUUAAUACUCCGAAUACCUCUAUUUGUCGUUGUCCAGACAAAUUCUCUCUAAAUGGAACGGGAUCUCAGUGUAUACCUUAUCCCAAGGACACAGAAGUGAAGGCGAAAAAUUGUACUACAGGGUUUCCAUGUCUAAAGUCGCAGCAAUGUGUCGAUGUUAAGGAUUUAUGUGAUGGCUUCGAUGAUUGUGAUGAUGGCAGUGAUGAAAGUAAUGCUGAUGGCGGCCCAUGUAAUCCCAAGAAAUGUGAUUUAAAUUUACAUUUUGUAUGCAAUCAACGAUGCUAUCAACGUUCGCUGCUGUGUAGCUCCAUAAACUAUUGUCUAGAUGGUACGGAUCAACAGAAUUGUGAAACGCAUUCGUGUAAUGCCAAUGAAUUUACCUGUGCGAAAAGUGGUAAAUGUAUACAAUUGUCUUGGGUUAAUGAUGGCAUGGUGGAUUGUGGUCCCGAUGAUUCUUCCGAUGAAGAGGGUGAAGAUUUAUUCGAUGAAAAGUGUGCAGAAUUUGAGUGUCAUAAUGGUGCAUGUCGAUCGUUUUCGGAUGUUUGUGAUGGUGUCGAUCAGUGUGGUGAUAAUUCAGAUGAAUUAUCUUGUGAGUUUGAAUGUGGACCGGGAGAGCGUUACUGUGUACCCGUGGGUUGCUAUGAUGAGACGCAUAUGUGUGAUGGCAUACAUGAUUGUUUGGAUUUCAGCGAUGAAGCCAACUGUAAUGAAACCAAAUCGGAUAAUCAUCAUAUCAUAGAUUUAGGUGAAGCUCAUUACUGUGGACCCAUUGAAUUCGGCUGUUCCGAUCCUUUCGAAUGUAUACCACACUUCUUUAGAUGUGAUGGCAUUCCUCAUUGUUUUGAUAAGUCUGAUGAAAUGAAUUGUACACAAAUUAAAACCAAUCCUUUGGAAUUCAAUGAAACCAUCAUCUGUGAACCUCCUGAACGUUUGUGUCAAGUGUCCAAUAAAUGCAUAAGCCUACAACAGCUUUGUGAUGGUAAAUUCGAUUGUGAAGAUACCACCGAUGAGGGCUUCUUGUGCGAUGACAAGUUGUGUGAAAAAUCCCAUGAAUGUUCUCACUAUUGUCAUAAUGCUCCAGAGGGUUUUAUCUGUUCCUGCCCCGCCCACAUGUAUUUACUGCCCAAUGGCAAACGCUGCAGCAUGCAACAUGCCUGUGAUCAUUGGGAUUCCUGUUCGCAAAUAUGUGCCACCGUGGGCAAGCGGUAUGAGUGUAAAUGUUUUGAGGGUUAUGAUUUACAAUAUGAUAGUUUUACCUGCAAGAGCACAGCCGAAGAUGAUCCCUAUGUAAUUUUUACCAAUCGCCAAGAAAUUAGGGGUUUAAACCUGAAAAAGGGCACCAUAAGUAAUUUGUAUACUUCGCUACGCAAUACCAUAGCCUUGGAUUUUCUAUACAAUAACGAAUCUAGUCAAAUAUUUUGGACCGAUGUUAUAGACGAUAAAAUCUAUAGGGGACAAUUGGUGGGAGAAGCUUUACACAAGGUGGAAGCGGUGGUACAUUCAGGUUUAUCUACCACAGAAGGUUUGGCAGUGGACUGGAUUGGCAUGAAUCUAUAUUGGAUAGAUUCUAAUCUGGAUCAAAUCGAGGUAGCUAAGCUUAAUGGCAGUUUUAGGCGCACCCUUAUAGCGGGUGAUAUGGAAAGUCCUAGAGCUAUAGCUUUAGAUCCAAGAGAAGGUCUGCUGUUUUGGACUGAUUGGGAUGAUAAUUAUCCACGCAUAGAACGUUGCUCUAUGGCUGGUAAACAUCGACAAGCUAUUACCACUACUUCCAUGGUAUCGGCUGGUUGGCCUAAUGGUCUUUCUUUGGACUAUACGCAAAAGCGUGUCUACUGGGUAGAUGCUAAAUCGGACUCAAUAUAUACCAUAAAAUAUGAUGGCUCUGAUAUUCAUUUGGUGCUCAGAGAUCUGGAGAUAUUGUCACAUCCCUUUGCCAUAACGGUGUUUGAGAAUUACGUGUACUGGACCGAUUGGAGAACCACCUCAGUGAUAAGAGCCAAUAAAUGGAAUGGCACCGAUAUACAAGUAAUACAUCGCACACAAACUCAACCUUUUGGUAUACAAGUUUUACACUCCAGUCGCCAGCCUCAGGCUGAAAAUCCUUGUGGUGAUAAUAAUGGCGGCUGCUCGCAUUUAUGUUUAUUAGAUGUCAAGAAAUCCUAUCAAUGUGCCUGUCCCCAUGUCAUGCGUUUGGAUCCUACCGAUAAUCGCACCUGUGUGGCCAAUGAGCAGGUUUUACUAUUUAUAAUGGGCGAUGAAAUCAGGGGUAUUGAUUUAAUGCAACCCAUACAUCAUACCAUACCUACUAUAAGACAAUCGCCUCAAGUAUUGGCACCUCAGCGUAUAGAUUUUACUGUAGAGGACAGCCGUCUUUAUUGGUCUGAUGUCCAACUAAAUGAGAUCAAAACUGCUGGUAUUUCUAAUGGUCUAAUAGAUACCAUUAUUAAUACGGAUAUACAAAAUCCCUUUGGUUUUGCCAUAGAUUGGAUUGCCAAGAACAUGUAUUUUUCCACCGGUAAAGUGAAAAGUGAUAUCUGGGCUAGUAAUCUAAAAGGAGAAUAUGUUACGGAAAUUUUGGCGGAUCUUAAUAUGGUUGAAAGUAUAGCUUUAGAUCCUGUUAAUGGCAAAAUGUAUUGGAUAUCGUCGGCCCGCAAUUCUCAGUUAUGGCAAAUUGAACAGAGCAAUCUAGAUGGCACUAAUCGUCAGAGUAUUUUCGAGCACAACAAAACCUUGGCCUCUCUAACCAUAGACUUUGAUUCCUGGCGUUUGUAUUAUGUCUAUGAUAAUUCCGGUAUAUCCUAUUAUGAUAUAGCUACCAAAACCAUACACGUGGUCUUGGCCUCUAGUGAGGUAAUGACCAUUAGUGCGGUUACCGUCUACAAUGGCACUCUUUAUUUUCCCGAGAAUAUACAAAGUGUUAUAAUGUCCUGCGAUAAGGAUUCUUGUCCCGAAUAUUUUAUGCUGCGUAAAAAUACCAAAUCCAUCCAGUAUUUGAAAAUGUUUUAUGCUGAAGCUCAACAGGGUACCAAUACCUGUGCGGGACCGUUGAAAGGUGGCUGUGCGCAUUUAUGUUUGGCCAUUUCUUCUACAGAACAUGUAUGUGGUUGUUCCAUUGGCUAUCGUGUAGAUCCUAAUAAUGCAACACAAUGUAUUGGUUUGGAGGAGUUUCUUUACUAUUCCAAUCAUGAGCUGAAAGGUAUUGAGGUUUAUGAUCCUAGUAAAACUUUGGAUGAACAGGGACAGAAAAUGGCUUUAGGUCCCAUUUCACGAAUAUCCUUAGCCUCCUACAUAGACUAUCAUGCUGCCAAGGAUUUCCUCUACUGGGGUGACAAUGAUAGCGGCACUAUAUCACGUAUAAAACGAGAUGGUACCCAACGUGAAGUCAUCAUCCAAUCACCCGAAUGGAUGGAUAAUAAACAAUUAGAUUGGUUAGGUGGCAUAGCCAUCGAUUGGAUAGCCGAGAAUAUAUACAUCAGUGAUGUAAAGCGUAAUGUUAUAGAAGUGGCUCGACUAAAUGGAUCAUAUCGGCAUGUUAUUAUUUCAAAUGUGGUUAAACCCAGUGCCUUAGCGGUAGAUCCUGUACAGGGUUUAUUGUUCUAUGUGGCGGAUGGUAUAAUAGGACGUACCGGAUUAGAUGGUUCACAACCUUUUAUUUUGGUAAAUCAUCAGAAAAUCGUUACCAGUUUGGUGCUAGAUAUUGAGGCUACAAAGGUCUAUUGGUGUGAAACACCCAAAAAUGCCAUAGUCCAACCCGCCAUCAUGAAAGUAGACUAUGAUGGUAAUGUUAAGGAAGUGUUGCUGAAUCAUACUUUGGAAUAUCCCACAUCAGUGGGUAAAUUAGAUGAUUUCAUAUACUGGGCGGAUAAUAAUUAUAAUAAGGGUACCUUUAAGGUGGCUAAUAUGGGUAAUUUGAGCGAUUUUAAGGAGCUUAAGCGUUUCGAAGGCUAUUCCAUUAAAGACAUGAAGAUAUUCUCGAAAAGACUACAAAAGGGCACCAAUUUGUGUGCGGAAAACAAUGGCGGUUGUCAAGAGUUGUGUUUGUACAAUGGUACUUCCGCCUUAUGUGCCUGUUCCCAUAGUCGUGUGGCUAGUGAUGGUGUAUCCUGCGAGCCUUACGAUAGUUUCCUAUUAUUCUCUCACCGCAGCACUAUAGAGAGUGUACAUCUCACCGAUCAUUUAGAUAAAAAUGGACCAGUACGCAGUAUACGUAAUUCCACCAUGAUGGUUAAUGUUAUAGCCUUGACCUAUGAUUAUGAAAAUAGCGUCUUAUAUUACUCGGAUAUGGUCUUGAGCACUAUAAAUGCGGUAAACUUCAAUGGCAGCAAUAAUCGGGUGUUAGUUAGUCAUCAAGGACGAGUGGAGGGUUUGGCAUUUGAUAUAGUAAACGAAAUGUUAUUUUGGACUUCCAAUAAUGAUGCUUCCAUAUGCAGUUUGGAUCUGCAUUAUAUCAAUGAAAAUCCCGAUAAUAACACUCAGCUGGUCAGUCGCAUAAGGGUAUUGAAUUCGAAAGAUAAGCCUAGAGGCAUAGCGGUAGAACCCUGUUUGGGUAUGAUCUAUUGGACGAAUUGGAAUGAAGAGGCUCCCUCUAUUCAAAGAGCUUAUGUAACCGGAUUUGGCUUGGAAUCGAUUAUAAAGAAGGAUAUCAAAAUGCCUAAUGCCAUAACUUUGGAUUUGGAAGAUCAAAAAUUGUAUUGGGCUGAUGCGCGUAUAGAUAAAAUUGAAAGGGCCAAUUAUGAUGGUUCUCAUCGUGUGGUUUUGGCUCAUUCAACACCCAAACAUCCGUUUGCUAUAGCGGUCUAUGGUGAUCUAUUGUUUUGGUCUGAUUGGGUUUUGGGUGCUUUAGUGAGAGCUAAUAAAUAUACCGGUGCCGAUAUGGUUCUGUUGAGAGAUCAUAUUGAGCGUCCUAUGGGUGUGGUGGCUGUACAGAAUACCACCGUUAACUGUGAUUCCAAUCAAUGUAAAAUCUUAAAUGGAGGCUGUGAAGAUGUUUGUAUUUUGAAUAAAAAUGGCACUGCCAGUUGUCAAUGUACUCGUGGUGUUUUGGCCUCGGAUGGCAGGAGAUGUAUACAACAAUUGAAUACCAAAUGUGAAAAGAAUGAAUUCCCUUGUCGUUCUGGAGAAUGCAUACCUUUACACUUGACCUGUGAUAGCAUAUCCCAUUGCCUGGAUGGUUCUGAUGAAUCGCGCAGUUAUUGUAUAAUACGCGUCUGUCCCAAUGACUUUUUCAUGUGCAACAAUCAUCGUUGCAUACCACAGAAUGAAACCUGCGAUGGUGUACAUCAGUGUGGUGAUGGUUCCGAUGAGUCGGAGUUAAUAUGCAAAUGUGAACCGGAAAAAUUCAGGUGCGGCAGUGGAGAGUGUAUAUCUCAGCAAUUUGUGUGUGAUCAGGUGCGUGAUUGUAAAGAUUUUAGUGAUGAGAAACAUUGCCCCGCCUCCGAGUGUCCAGCCGGAGAUGCUCUCUAUGAACAUUGUCCCAAUUCGACAGCCUGCAUUAUGCCCAUGUGGCGUUGUGAUGGUGAUAACGAUUGUCCCGAUGGCAGUGAUGAACAAAACUGUGAACAUGUUACAAAAGUAGCCUGUGGUCCCGGACAAUUCCAAUGCUCUAAUGGUCGUUGUAUUAACGAGAAAUGGCGCUGUGAUGGUGAAAAUGAUUGUAUAGAUGCAGUGCCCGGUAAUUUCAGUUCAGAUGAAGUGGGCUGUAAGUUGCAAUGUAAACCAAAUGAGUUUAGAUGUGAUAACAUGUGUAUACCGGCAAGUUGGCAAUGUGAUGCCAAACCCGAUUGUGAAGAUGGUUCAGAUGAAGGUGCCCAAUGUCCCAAUCGUGUUUGUCGGCCUCAUUUGUUCCAAUGCAAGUCCUCAGGACGUUGUAUUCCACAGAAAUGGGUAUGUGAUGGUGAACAUGAUUGUCCUGCCCCUGGCUUAGAAGAUGAAGGAGAACAUUGUGCCGUGGCCUCCGUACCUCAUAUACCCGAUUGCGUGGCUCCUUCCUUUUUAUGUUCCAAUGGCAUUUGUUUGGAUCGUCGUUUUGUAUGUGAUGGUGACCAUGAUUGUCCCAAUGGCGAAGAUGAAUAUGAAGAUUGUGUACAUUUCAAUUAUACCCAAGUGUGUUUGGAAGAAGUGGAAUUCCAGUGUCAUAAUUUAGAAUGUAUAGCUAAAAAUCUUACCUGUAAUUCACGUCCCGAUUGCUCAGAUGCUUCUGACGAGUCUUUGGAGUUGUGUGGUGAGUCGACAAUGUCUUGCGGCCUAGGACAAUAUCAGUGCAAAAAUGGUGCUUGUGUCUCUGAGGACUUUUUAUGUGAUGGACGUAAUGAUUGUGGCGAUUUCUCCGAUGAGUCCUUGUGUAAUGUCAAUGAAUGUUUGACACCGGAUAUAUGUGAGCAUGUAUGUAUAGAUAAGAAAAUCGGUUAUGAAUGUCAAUGUGAUCCGGGCUAUAAGUUGCAUGCCAAUCAUCACUUAUGCGAUGAUAUAGACGAGUGUAGUGGUCCUCAUCAUUGCUCGCAAAUUUGUGCCAAUACUUAUGGUUCCUAUAAGUGUUUGUGCAUGAAGGGUUAUGAACUGAAGGAUGAUCAACAUACCUGCAAGGCCACCAGCAAUGAAACCGCCAAACUUAUAUUCUCCAAUCGCUAUUACAUCCGUCAGGUUGAUAUGCGCGGCAAUGGUUCUAUUCUAAUACAUCAGCUAUCUAAUGCUGUGGCUUUGGACUUUGAUUGGGAUUCUAAGUGUCUAUUUUGGUCGGAUGUUACCUCUACGGUGGGUAUGAUUAAACGUUUUUGUACAGUGGAGAAUAAGACCACUACAUUACAUCAAGCUAUGCUUAAGAAUCCAGAUGGUUUAGCUGUAGAUUGGGUGGCUAAGAAUCUGUAUUGGUGUGACAAGGGUUUGGAUACUAUUGAGGUGUCGAAAUUGGAUGGUCGCUAUCGUAAAGUGUUGAUAAAUGAAAAUCUACGUGAACCUAGAGGAGUAGCUUUGGAUCCUUUCAAUCGCAAUCUUUAUUGGUCCGACUGGGGUGAUAAUCCUCAUAUUGGUAAAGCCGGCAUGGAUGGUUCCAAUCCUCGGGUCAUAAUACGCGAGAAUAUGGGUUGGCCUAAUGCCUUGACAUUAUCCUUCGAAAGUAAUCAACUAUUUUGGGGUGAUGCCCGAGAAGAUACAAUUUCCGUGUCCGAUUUAGAUGGCAAUAAUAUACGAGUUAUCAUGUCGCGCAAGCUUAAUCCUCAACUUAAUCUGCAUCAUAUAUUUGCCAUUGCUGUAUGGGAGGACAAGGUAUUCUGGUCUGAUUGGGAAACCAAAUCCAUAGAAUAUUGUAAUAAAUUUUCAGGACAAAACUGUUCCACCUUAAUUACCACCAUCCACCGGCCCAUGGAUUUGAGAAUCUAUCAUCCUUAUAGACAACAGCAGCCUCACAAGGGCAAUCCUUGCGAUACGGCCAAUUGUUCAACCUUAUGUUUACUCUCACCCGAAGCUCCUUAUUACAAAUGUGCUUGUCCCAAUAAUUUCUUCUUGGCCGAUGAUCAUAAAUCAUGUAUAGCUAACUGUACGGCGGCCCAUUUCCAAUGUUCGCAAACUUACAAAUGUAUACCGUUCUAUUGGAAAUGCGAUACGCAAGAUGAUUGUGGUGAUGGCAGUGAUGAACCGGAAAAUUGUCCACCCUUCCAUUGUGAACCGGGCCAGUAUCAGUGUAACAAUAAGAAAUGCAUACAUCCCUCGGCUAUAUGUGAUGGCACCAAUCAAUGUGGUGAUAAUUCAGAUGAACAGAAUUGUGAUAAGUUUACCUGUUUCGAAAAUCAUAUGAAAUGUGAAGCUUCCGACAAUACUACCGCGUUCUGUAUAGAUAAUGUCAAGAAAUGUGAUGGAGUACGCGAUUGUCCCAAUGGCGAGGAUGAAAGUGGUUGUGCACCACUCAAUUGCACCAAGAAUCAAUUCCAAUGUGGCAAUAAUCGUUGUAUGCCUUUCAUAUGGGUGUGUGAUGGUGAUAUUGAUUGUCCCGAUAAAUCGGAUGAGUUGAAUUGUGAACGGGUUUCCUGUGGUCCCAGUGAUUUCCAAUGUGCUUCGGGACGUUGUAUACCUAUGUCUUGGAGAUGUGAUGGUGAGGAUGAUUGUCCCAGUGGUGAAGAUGAACCGCCUUCUUGUCACUCCUCGAAGGAAGAAUGUGAUCCCACCUACUUUAAGUGCAACAAUUCCAAAUGUAUACCCGGCAGAUGGCGCUGUGAUUAUGAAAAUGAUUGUGGCGAUGGCAGUGAUGAGUUAAAUUGUCAAAUGCGCAAUUGUUCGGAAAGUGAGUUUAGAUGUGGUACCGGGAAAUGUAUUAAACAUGAUCAUCGCUGCGAUGGUGAAAUACAUUGUGAUGAUAGCAGUGAUGAGAUUAAUUGUAAUAUCACCUGCAAGGAGCAUCAAUUCAAAUGUGCCGCCUUUAAUACUUGCAUCAAUAAACAAUACCAGUGUGAUGGAGACGAUGAUUGUCCGGAUGGCAGCGAUGAGGUUAACUGUACCUGUCCCCAUGAUCAUUUCACUUGUGCCAAUGGCAAGUGCAUAAUGGCUCGCUGGAAAUGUGAUGGUUGGGAUGAUUGUACCGAUGGCAGUGAUGAGAGCUAUGAAACUUGUGCUUUAAUUCAUUGUCACACCAAUGCCUUUAAGUGUUCCAAUCUGAAGUGUAUACGCAAAUCUGCAUUGUGUGAUGGUGUCAAUGAUUGCGGCAAUAAUGAAGAUGAAGCCGAUGAGGUGUGUGCUGCUCUACCCAAAUGUCGUCACGAUCAAUUCCAAUGUGAAAAUGAGGACUGUAUUUCGAAAAUAUUCCGCUGUGAUGGUCAAUAUAAUUGCAUAGAUGGUUCGGAUGAAAUGAAUUGCCAACCUCCAGUAUGUGGUUUUGGCACCUGCUCACAGAUUUGUAUAGAAAAGAAGGCGGGACAUUUCAAUUGCAAAUGUACGGAGGGUUAUUUCAAGGGAUCGCAGAAAAAUGAUACUUGUUUGGCCUCGGGUCCCGAUCAGGUAUUGCUUUUAGCCUCGGAACAAGAAUUCCGUUUUAUUUUGCCCGCCAAACAGGAAGGCACCACAGUAGUGGGUUUCUUCCAAACGGACAGUUUGAAAAUAGAUGUUUUCGAUAUUUUGAUCAGACCCAAGGAUACUUUACUCUUCUGGAUAGAUUCUCAUCAUGGUAAAGUGCAUACCAUGAAGAUUGCCACUCCCAAUACCGAAGUAACAGCUGUGAGAGUAAAAAGAGAUCUCAAGGAGUUAAAGGCAUUUGAUAUUCCCGCCUUGGAUGAUCCCAAAUCCUUGGCCAUAGAAUGGGUCACCCAAUUGGUGUAUAUAAUCGAUUCGCGACACAAUGAAAUCAUUGUUACCGACAUUGAUGGCAAGAAAUAUGCUUCUCUAGUAUCCACCGGCUUAAAUCCCACCGAUAUUGUAGUAGAACCAGAAUCUCGCAUUAUGAUUUGGUCAACUUUGGAAAAUGGCAUAUUAAUGGCUUCGCUGGAUGGUCAAAACAAACGCAGUUUAGUGGAACGUGAUGUGGGUUGGCCCAUUAGUUUGGCUAUAGAUUAUCCCACAGGGCGUCUGUAUUGGGCAGAUUAUCGUAAGGGCACUGUAGAAACUUGUCGUUUGAAUGGUAAAGAACGUAAUGUGGUUAGAAGAUUUUCGAAUAAGGAAAAACCCCAAAAAAUCGAUGUAUUUGAGGACUAUUUAUAUAUCAAAUUAUAUGAUCAAAGCAUUAUAAAAAUGAACAAAUUUGGCAAUGACAAUGGCACUUAUUUGCUUAAGGGCUAUAGAUCCUCAGAUAUCGGUAUUUUACAUCCACUCAAACAAAAUCGUAAUAUAACCAACCCUUGCGCCAAGGAACCCUGCAAACAAAUGGGUUCUUUGUGUAUACUCAGCACCGAAACCGAUAGCGGCUAUAGAUGUAAAUGUCCCAAGGAUUAUCAUGUAGCCAAUGGCAAAUGUGUAGCAGAUCAUGCCACCAUACCCGACUACUGUCCCCUUAAAUGUAAUCUAGGAACCUGCAAAAUCAUCAAUCAUAUACCGAAAUGUGUCUGUCAGCCCCAGUUCGAAGGAGAAUUCUGUGAACAUUAUCGUUGCUCGAAUUAUUGUAAAAAUUAUGGUCUUUGUAUAAUAGCACCACAAAUACCGGGUUCCCUAGAACCACCACCACUCAAAUGCAGCUGUACGCCCGGUUGGUCGGGACCUCGUUGUGAAACUUCGGUGCCAGAAUGUCAAUCACGUUGUCAUAAUGGUGGUUCUUGUCUCAUAACUGAUGAUCACAUGAAAUGUACCUGUCCACCCAUGUAUAUCGGAGAACAAUGUGAACAUUGUGUUAAUCUGACAUGUGCUAAUGGUGGAAUAUGUCGUGAAACGCUAACGGGUACAACGCAAUGUGAAUGUCCCGACGGCUUCACCGGUAAACGUUGCGAGGUGGAUGUCUGCUCUGGCUUCUGUAAAAAUGGUGGCAUUUGUAAUAUAGGCACCAAAGGUGGACCACAAUGCCAAUGUCUACAGGGUUUCUAUGGUGAACAAUGUGAAUCGGAUUCAUGUGCCAACUAUUGUCUGAACGGUGGUCUUUGCACUGAAAACCAGCAAAUGCUUAUGUGUACCUGUUCCGAGCGCUAUACUGGAGAUCGUUGUGAAACUGAUUUGUGUAAAACUACAAAUCCACCACAAUUCUGUGAUGCCUCCGAAAUUCCCCUAAGAAAUCCCUGCACCGGCAUUAUCUGUCAAAAUAGCGGCACUUGUCAUGUCAUCAAAAACGUAGCCAUGUGUAAUUGUACCGAUCAAUGGAAUGGUGAUUUCUGUGAGCGUCCCGUUUCAGAGGAUAAUCCCUGUAUACAUUACUGUCAAAAUAACGGUGUUUGUCAUUUGGAUGCAUAUGCGAUACCGCAUUGUUCAUGCAUUGGAGAAUGGGAGGGCGAUGCUUGUGAUGUACCACCCGCGUGUGUGGGUGAAUGUGGUGUUUGUCAGACCGGCAGUUCUAUAAAUGAGUGCAAGUGUGAUGAUGGCCAUGUUACCACCUGUUUGGCUGAUAGCGCCAAUGCCUUAAGAAGUGAAACUGAACAUUCCGCCAAUAUUAUGUCAAUAAUAGCCAUUGUUUUGGCUAUAGCCAUUUUGGUGCUGGCACUGUUUGGUGGUGGUCUAUACUUUUUGAAAAAACAUCGCAUAUCACAACCCUUCUCUCAUGCCCGUCUUACCGAAAAUGUCGAAAUAAUGCUUACGAAUCCCAUGUAUCGGGGAGAUGCCGAUGAAACUCCCGCCUUUGUACACGAAGAUGAUAAGGGCAACUUUGCCAAUCCUGUCUAUGAAUCCAUGUAUGCCGAUGCCAUAGUGGAACCGGCAGUAGUGCCGGAAAAUAAUUUAAGUACAGCACCAGACGAAAGAAAAGGUCUGCUGCAACAUUCACACGAUGACAACAAUACACCCGAUAUUCUCUGAUGAUUAACAUCUCAUGAGAUUUGUUAAACUAUUUAAGUAAAAAUAAUCACAUUCGAACACGAGAUAAAAACAAAAAAAAAAAUUAAAAGAAUUUAUGCCAUUUAAUUAUAGUCAUAUAUAAGUUUAAUAAUUAAGGAACAAAAACAAGAAAAACAUCACUCUCUACCUUUACUCUCUAUCACACUUUCCUCUACUCCUACAAACCCUGCCCUUUAUUAACUUAAAAAAAACUUGUACAUUUUUUAAACAAACGUUUUCCUUUUAUACCCCACCUUAUCCCUCGAAAAAAACCGAACAAAAUCUUUAUGAAAAAACUCAAUUAUCAAAGAAAACCAAGCAUUUCUUUUAAACAAACUAAAAUGUUUGUUAAACAAAAAAAAAAAACGCAACAAACAAACAUGGACUGAUAGUAUAGUCAUUUCAAAAAAA